UAAGUAGACUACACCAAGCAUUAAUUAUAUUAAAAUUUUUUCACUUGUAACACUAAUGGCAAGACACCUAUGGAGUUACACUAGUGUCAGAAUAAGCCAAAGGAAAAUGAUCUGGUUAAAUGAAAAGACCUUGAGUCUGGUUUAUGAAGAGGUUCAGACCCUUUAUUAAUUAACCUUUGAUUGAAAAUAUGCUUGUGUAUUUCCAGAAAAGUUCUCCAAGUCUGUGUGGAUUCCUGAAAGGAACAUUAAACCUCAACAUGGAUCCGAGAGAGGAACUGACCAAUCUAAUGAGGACCUUGCACCUGGAGUCUGACCCUGUACCUGUGGCUGCAGACAAUCAACAACUCCAGCGACAGAUAGCAGUAGCCCCAAGCAACAGGCUGAAGAUAUUAAGUGGGAGGAGAACAAGACAGAAGAGGAAGAGUCCAGAGAUGACCUGGGGGAUGGUAAAGAACCUUGCCAUGCUAUCAGUCACCAGUUGUGUGAAGGUGCAGGUUUCCCUGGACAAAGCCAGAGAAGGUUGGACCUGCAUUGUCAUUGCCAACCAUUUGUCCAUCAUCCAGAACUCGAAUUUCAUUGCUGUCAUGUCACAGGGGACAGUGAUUGAGAAGGGGAUCCAUAAAGAAAUGAUGGCCCAGAAAGGAACCUACUAUAAAAUAGUUCCUUAGAUGCAUGGCAGUAAUUUAAAAAUG